CCGCCCGCCCGCCGCCGGCGCCGCCGCCCAGCGAUCGGGCCGCGGCGGCUCAGACCGCGGCUGCGGCGGGCGCGGGCGGCGGCGGCUUCCUCCCGCCCGCCCGUCUCGGGACCUUUGCCUGCGCGCCUGCCCGCGGGGUAACAGCGCGCGCUUCGGCCCCCAGCGGGGACGGGGACUGGGACGUCAGGCCCAAGGGCCCGCCGCCCCCCACGAUGAAGAGGUUGAGGCUCAGAGGAGGAAAGUGAUACACUCAACGUCCUGUGAGCAGAGUGCAGGAACCAGGUGCAGGUGGUCAGCCGCCGCCGGGUCCAUGUCGUGAGGCCGGGAGGCGGCCGUCCGCCACCAGCAUGCCGUGGGACGCGCGGCGGCCCGGGGGCGGCGCCGACGGCGGGCCCGAGGGCGCGGGCGCGGCGCGCUCUCGGGCGCAGAAGCAGUGUCGCAAGUCGUCGUUCGCCUUCUACCAGGCCGUGCGCGACCUGCUGCCGGUGUGGCUGCUCGAGGACAUGCGCGCCAGCGAGGCCUUCCACUGGGACGAGCGCGGCCGCGCCGCCGCCUACUCGCCCUCCGAGGCGCUGCUCUACGCGCUCGUGCACGACCACCAGGCGUACGCGCACUACCUGCUGGCCACGUUCCCGCGGCGCGCGCUCGCGCCGCCCAGCGCCGGCUUCCGCUGCUGCGCCGCGCCCGGGCCGCACGUGGCGCUGGCCGUGCGCUACAACCGCGUGGGCAUCCUGCGCCGCAUCCUGCGCACCGUGCGCGACUUCCCGCCCGAGGAGCGCGCGCGCGUGCUCGACCGGCGCGGCUGCAGCCGCGUGGAGGGCGGCGGCACGGCGCUGCACGCGGCCUGCGAGCUGGCGCGCCCCGAGUGCCUCUUCCUGCUGCUCGGCCACGGCGCGUCGCCCGGCCUGCGCGACGGCGGCGGCCUCACGCCGCUCGAGCUGCUGCUGCGCCUGCUGGGCCGCGACGCCGGGGCGCCCAACGCCCACGCCGCCGCCUCCGGGGCGCCCGCCGCCGCCGCCGCCGCCGCCGCGCCCGGGGAGCCGCGCCAGCGCCGCCUGCUGCUGCUCGACCUGCUGGCGCUGUACACGCCCGCGGGCGCCGCCGGCCCCGCCCGCCGCGAGCUGCUGGACGACCGGCCGCGCUGGCAGCGGCUGCUGGGCGAGGACAAGUUCCAGUGGCUGGCGGGCCUGGCGCCGCCCUCGCUCUUCGUGCGCGCCAUGCAGGUGCUGGUCGCCGCCAUCUCGCCCGGACGCUUCCCCGAGGCCCUGGACGAGCUGCCGCUGCCGCCCUUCCUGCAGCCGCUGGACCUCACGGGCAAAGGCUAGACCUCGGGGCUGCGGGCCCUCCCGGGCGUUGGAUUUUUGGAAAACACUAUUUUUCAGAGCGUUGUACCCAGCACUUUACAUAUACUGAUCUCUGUACCGGA